CUAGAAGGUGUAAUCAGCUGAGAACAUCAUGUGCAGAUGUUCAUGGGUGGUGUUGACUCCAGACGUAGCCUCCAUAUCUCUAAGCUCCAGAAGAGCUUUAAAAAUACACCAUAAACAGGGCUGACCCCUUUAGUCUUACUGGCACCAACCAGAGUAAACACAAGCCAGUUUUGUUGUUCUGAAAGAGCAUUUAAAUUGAAAGCUUGUUUGUGGCAGACAGAUGACAUUUCAAGUGAAUUUGACAGGUCCACCACCAUGGGGUUUUCGUAUCUGUGGAGGAAGAGACUUCAAGAUGACCCUGACAGUCUCAAAGGUUUGUGAAGGUAGCCGUGCAGGUGAUGCUGGGCUGCAAGUGGGGGACGUUAUUUUGGAGAUUAAUGGUCAGGAUACUGGAGCCAUGUUGAAUAUGGAGGCUCGGAACAAAAUCAAGACAUCUGAACAUCAGCUGUGGCUACUUAUUGAAAGACCUGCAAAAACAGACGUCAUACAGCGCUUCGGUUACCUUGAUCCAAGACUUCCUGUUAAUUUGGAACACUCAGUCCAGCCAAAACAAACCCAUGAGUCAGUACAGGGCCUGUCCAAGAGCAGCUCUCAGAGCUUCAGAGCCCCACUGGAGAGAAACUAUAGUCCAGAGCAGCUGAAGCAACAUGGCAAGGUGUCCACCACAGGACAUAACUCAUCUGCAUCUGAUUGUAUCCAAACAGCGGUGUAUGAAUCACAGACUACCAAGAAAAACAUAAGCUUUAAUUAUCCAGUUUGGAGCUACGGGCCUGUUGACCCUGAAGAGCUGAUGAGAAUCAAGAGAAGACAACUUCAACCUCAGGAGCCCAGACAGUCCAACACUUUCAGAGUUCUACAGGAAGGACUAGAACGAAUGUCACUGCCAUCUGGAGCGGUCCAGCGAAGUCAAAGAUUUCGCACUUGUGAGAGAUGUGGUUACAUAAUCGUAACUCAGGUGGUGAAGAUCAGAGAGAGACGCUACAGGCACGUGGAGUGCUAUACCUGCAGGGAUUGUGGUUUCAGUCUCAUGGAGCAAGGACAUUUCUGGGUGGAUGAGGAGCUGUACUGUGAGAAACACGCUCAAGAGAGAUGCCAGACAGCCAGUGGCCUUCAUUUACCACAGGCUCAAUCAAAACACUGGUGAGGAGCACUUGAACUCAAUUCCAUGGAGACGUGAUCUCUCUAACCAAUGAAAGUGGAUGGUGAACCACUUUGGAUGGUGAUUAUCAAUCUCCAAAAAAGGACAAAGAAGCACCAUGAAAGCAGCUUAAACAGUCCUGAAGUCUUCUGAUGCCGUACAAUAGCUUUGUGCGAGGAACGCAUUGAAUUAAGUCAUAUUUAUUAAGGGGACAGUUCACCCAAAAAUUACAAUUUCUGUCAUCAUUUGUGCUCCUGGACCACAAAACCAGUCAUAAGGGUCAAUUUUUGAAAUUGAGAUUUCUACAUCAUGUGAAAACUGAGUAAAUAAGCCGAGAUACAACUACUUGAAAAUCUGGGUGCAAAAAAUUGCAUUUAAAGUUGUCCAAAUGAAGUUCUUAGCAAUGCAUAUUACUAAUCAAAAAUUUAGUUUAGAUAUAUUUAAGGUAGGAAAUUUACUAAAUAUCUUCAUGGAACAUGAUCUUUACUUAAUAUCCUAAUGAUUUUUAGCAUAAAAGAAAAAUCAAUCAUUUUGACUCAUAUAAAGUAUUUUUUGCUAUUGCUACAAAUAAACCAGUGCUACUAAGUGGUCCAGGGUCACAUUUAUUCACUUUCAUGUUGUUCCAAACCUGCAUGGGGCUUCUUUCUUUUAUAGAACACAAAUGAAGAUAUUUUGAAGAAUGUUGGUUACUAAGCAGUUUCGAUUCCCAUCGACUUCCAUUGUAUUUUUUGUCUAUACUAUGCAAGUCUCAAAACAGUUUGGUUACCAACAUUCUUUAAAAAUAGCUUCUGCAGAAGAAACUCAUACAGGUUUGGAACGACAUGAGGGUCACUAAAUGAUGACAGAAUUUAGUUUUUGGCUGCUAAAUUAUUUCUUUAUUGCACGUAUUCUUAGUCCUCUCUAGAGGGCACUAUUUUCUCAUGUUUCAUUGCAUUACAAUAAUUGAACACCUGCAGUUUGAGACUUUGAGCUGUGGCUGAUGAUCUAUGCUUUCAAUAAAUGUCUGGCAUCUUUGAGAAAGAGAUGACAUCACUGGAAUGCAUCCCACAGCUAUAACAUAGAAAAAAAAGAGUGUGGUAUUACAUGAAUAGCAAAUUACCUCAGUAGCCUGCAGUCUGACCCGAUUGCAUUAUGUAAAGGAAUACACUGAAUAGAGAGUAGUUCGAGGGACGUGGCCUGUUGACUUCCACUCCCCAUGCAGAAGUAUGAAGGCCCUGAAUGACGGGUUUCAGGAACAAUACAAACUCGCAUUAUCCUCACAAAGGACGUAGUGUUUGUUAGCGUCAUGUUUAUUAUUAAAACCCUAAAUGGCAAUGGAGAUUCAUCAGCAAUGAAUGAUGAUGGCUUUGCAUUAAUACCUGGUGGUUUGUUUACCUAACUGUGGAAAAACAACAUAUUAAUGUACAAGUAUGUAUUAUUAAACAAGCUAAAUUUAUAUAGCACAUUGUACAAUGCAGAUUCAAAGCAGCUCUGCAGUAAUAAACAGUGUUGAUGUUGCAAAAUUCAACAAA